AUGAUGGAUCUCUCGUCCGGCCAGUCUGUCCCGUUGCCGGAGCUGAUCAAGGAUGUGACGCCUCCAUGCCACCUCAAUCCGCUGCUGUUCAACGGUCAUUUGCAAACCGCAUACACCGUUGUGAAAGGCGUCGAUAUCCCUGUGGUCUACAAGCGCAAGGUCUUCGCCUCGAACAACCCGGCCGUUCCUGGCACCUUUGCUGUCGACUUCGUCCACCGCAUCGCUUCUAACGACGUCGACUCGACCUUGCCUCCGCGCACAACCUACUUUACCGAUCAGGAGUUCGGUGAGAUCGGCUCAAAUGACAGCAAACCCAUGCUGGUCACCCUUCACGGCCUGGCUGGAGGCAGCAAUGAAAUCUACCUGCGUCACGUUCUUGCUCCCCUGACCACCGAGGAAGGUGGCUGGGAAGCUUGCGUAGUGAAUUCUAGGGGCUGUGCUAUGAGCAAAAUCACCUCCAACGUUCUGUACAAUGCCCGUGCCACAUGGGACGUGAGACAGGUCGUGACCUGGCUCCGGGAGAAGUUUCCCAACAGGCCCCUUUUCGGCAUUGGCUUUUCUCUGGGGGCCAACAUCCUAACCAACUAUCUUGGCGAAGAGGCCGAGCACUGUCAACUCAAGGCCGCCGUCGUCUGCUCGAAUCCUUGGAAUUUGGACGUCUCCAGUGAGGUCUUGAAGAACUCAUGGAUGGGACUGCACGUCUACCAGAAGGCCAUGGGAAGUAGUAUGAGGAGGCUAUUCGACAGGCACGCCGAAGAAAUUGCAAAGAACCCAAACAUUGACGACGAGGAAGUUCGCAACUGUACCUACCUAUACGAAUUCGACAGAGCUGUACAAUGCGGAAGUUGGGGCUAUCCUACGGAGAGAGCAUAUUAUCGAGAUGCUUCGUCUUGUGAUUCUAUGCUUGCCAUCAAGAUCCCCUUUCUCGCCAUCAACGCCGAAGACGACCCGAUCUCUGUGAAGGAGGCCAUCCCGUUCGGGGAAUUCAAGCAAAACCCAUACGCCGUUCUGUGCUCCACUUCUCUCGGCGGUCAUCUCAGUUGGUUCCAGAGCAACGGCGAUCGUUGGUUUGCAAAAGCUUCCGUCGCUUUUCUGAAGAAGAUGGCCGAGGACGCCGAUUUCGAUGCCACGCAGAGCCUCAAUUCCCAGAACGCCAAUGGUUCUGUAGGGGGCAGGGGCAAGCCGUUUGUUUUCGAACCAUUGCGCCGCAAACUGCACAUUCCGAAAGACCACGCCGAGUAA